CAGCUCACGGCGUCUGUUUCAAAUGUAGUGCUCUCAGCUUUAUUUAAAUAACAAUAAAAUAGUUCUAAAGAUUUGAAUGAUCAUCGCUGUUAUGUAACAAUAAACAUUUCUAAAGAACCAGAGAAGCACAAUCUUACCCUGAGGCAAUCUAUAGCAAACGGUUUGAACCCAGGAGUAUCAGUAGUUCGUCAAGUUUUGUGAUUGUCCGGGUGAGGGUAGUUCUGAAAAGAACUGUUGAUGGUGACUGACGUUUCGACAACGUGAGCGGAAGUCACAACAACAGUUCUCUUCAGAACUACCCUCACCCGGACGAUCACACAAGACGAACUAGAGACAAUCUAACCGCUUAAACUACAUAAAAGUACCUAUUAUUUGCGAACCCAUACGAACACAGCUUCUGAGAGAAUGCGUCUAGCAUGCAGUUGUACAUGUUUAGAAAUCGCUGCCCACAAACUUGGUAUUGAAACCAUCCCUAGAAUAAAAUAUAAUUUCUCCUUAAUGAUUUUCAUAUGAAUCUUUCAAAAUCACCUUUGAGAAUUUGCUAGUUCAUCAAUCUUCAUUUUUUCUACCGGUCUGCUUGGCAUAUAUAGUCGGCUAUAGCUACUGCCUACUCUGCAACUGUGUUCUGUUUUAGCUAAGAAGGAGCUUUGAUAUUUCCAGGUCAUCUCAGUUUGUUUAACAUUCUGCGUAACUGAGCUCGUUGCAGAGAGUUAUUAUUAGGUCCGGUUUUAGAAACUGGACAAAGGUUAAUUGGAAAAAAACAAGUAAAAUCUCCAGUCUGAUUUAAAAGGCAAGAACUUUUGACAAUACUAGUUUAAUAUACAAGAUCCUCUGGCACUUAAUAUGCAAUAAAAAAUAACAGCUACUGGAGUCCACUGUAUUAGCAUCCAUGCAAUAGCGGCCUUGUGGGCAAAAAGCCAGUUCUAACAGGGUUUUGAAUUAGUAUCAAGCUUGCUACAAACGUGUUCGGUAUAGACUGCCUGUGUAUCAGUUUACAAAGAGGUCUGACCCGCAAACACAGAUGAAUUGAGCACCCACGCAGGGCACGAAGAAAGACGACAUAAGACUAAACAGAAAACAGCCGCAGCUCAAUGAACUGUACUGAACAAUUGGGAAGAUUUUGAUAUCGAGCACGUUUUAUCUGAAGGCUACGCCUGAGAAAAAAAAUCUCUCAAGUGCUUUCCCUGCCUGGUAAGAAAAAGAAAAAGUCCUUAAUUCAAAGAACACUGCCGAAAUAUCACUGGAGCAACAGAGAGAACGGUAAGCAAUGAAGGUGGAAAUAACUGACAUGGAGGAGGUUUUGGAAUCUAUAUUCCCAACGGGGAAUGUGAUGAGAGAAGAGAAUGCCGAUCUCAACUUGAAGAAUUAUACAGAUACAGUCAGAUACCUCGAACAACUGCAAGAAAUCAGUCUUAAAACCUUCUCCGAGGAACUCGAGGGGAGCGAAGGUGAAAUUUCUGAAGACACGGACAACAGGGCUCUGAGGUCCCCUGCGCCUUUCAACGGCAUAAUGUAUGGAUCUGGAAGUGGGUUUUACGCGACUCGUACGCAAGGGCCGAAAUUUCAGAGUGAAGCCCACGAGAUUUCUAUGGCGGCAAGAGUCAGAAAUUACCGUGGAAGUUACGAUUCUUUUAAUCAAGCAGAAUUAACUGCCGACAUCGGGAGUAGAAAACUGAUUACGUCGGAGAGAAGUACAGCCAUGUUUGAUUAUCAUUACAUGCAUCACAAUACACAUGGUGGAAUGUCCACAUCAAGCGGUGUUAACUUGCCUAACGCGCUCAACACGCAAAAUGGAUUUGCGGCCGAAAAAGCUGCCGCGCAUUAUUCCCAAGGUGUUGGAAAUGGCUGCCUUUCGCCGACCCUGCAAAAUUGCCCGCAAUCGGUGAACAUUAACCCUCUAGCUGGCUUAUCAGAGCUGGCCGAGAAGGCAAACUUUGAGUCUGAACUCGCCCGGAAUGGCGUCUCGCUGUCUCGGUUUAGCUCUCAAGGAACUCGCGGCCAAAUAAACGGCCCGGCUCGCCAGUACAACUACCCAGAAGCACCACAACGCCGGAGCUGGUCAAGUUCGACCUCUGAUGGCGCUGGUAGCCUCUUCAAUGGACGACAACAACCGUUUCAAGCUGAUAACUUCUCGCCGUCAUUCUCGACAGGGAGCUCCGCGCCAUCAGAAUCCGAUCUUGGCAGUCCGUGCCAUUCAACACGAGCGCGUCAAUUUUUUCCCUACAGCGAGUCCGAUUCGGACCUUUCACCUACAGAAUCAAUCCCCGGGUAUGCUUUUGAUAGAACAAGAGCAUACCAGAACUACAAUCCUAGAUCUUUCGCCAAUUACCGGGUCUGGAGUAACCAAGCUGACUCGAUCACUCCCAACGUGACAGUAGUUCCCGACCCGAGAAGCAAGCUUUCGCAGUUAUUCAAGCCAGGAAGCCGCACGAAAUCCGAGCAGAUUCUCAAGGAACAUUUGCAAACGUUUGGAAAGUUUUUGUCACCGCCGAGGGACAAAGAAGACGAGAAAGCUCCCCAGGUUGAGAACGAGAAAAGUUGGAACAGCGGAGAAGAAUCAAUUAAAGAAAAGAAGCCUCCUACGACCUCUUCAAACAGUAUAAAGGACUCGGUUCCUAGCGAGGAGAGCUGUGUGUUCCCUUGCAAAUGGCUGGGAUGUGAUGGACUUUAUUCGGAACAAGAUGACCUGGUUCGGCAUAUUGAGAAAGUUCACAUCGACCAACGAAAGGCUGACGAUCUUUACAUAUGUUACUGGAAGGAUUGCAGCAGACAGCGACGUUGUUUUAACGCACGGUACAAGUUGGUGAUUCAUAUGAGAGUACACUCGGGCGAGAAACCCAACAAAUGUACGUUUCCAGGAUGUAAUAAAGCAUUUUCAAGACUAGAAAAUCUGAAAAUACACAUGCGGUCACACACUGGGGAAAAGCCAUACUUGUGUCAACAUCUUGGUUGUCCAAAAUCAUUUUCCAACUCAUCAGACAGAGCCAAGCAUCAAAGAACACAUCAAGAUACGAAACCAUAUGCUUGUCAAGUCCCUGGCUGCCCCAAGAGGUACACAGACCCUAGUUCACUGAGGAAACACUUCAAACAACAUGCAAAUGGCAAGAUGCCUCAACAGAACUCAAGUGGAAAGUCUAAACAGAAGCCCAGAGGAAACCGAUCAUCAAAAAGGGACCUACUCUGUGCUGGAGUGACAAGACCUUUGUCCGAUUUCAGCUUUGUAGAUGAGUAUCAAGCAAGAAAACGUCAAAAAACACUGGAUACCUUGCGCCAGACAACAGAGAAAAAAAUUGCUCUCGAAAAUGGUUUCACGCCAGCUCUUGAUGUUCAGAGGGCAUGGUAUGGCACAGAUAGUCUAUAUGGCUACAACCCACCACCAUUACAGCCUGUUGCAAGGGCUAGUACACCCACACCAGAAGAGGAAGCAGGAUCCUUUUGUUAUACUCAAAUGUUAAGCAGUAUGGACAUACCCACAUUCGAAGACACACUAAAGCCAUUGUCAAGUGCAUAUUCAUAGCUAAUGUGGUCUGAAGAGAGACAAUGAACUUUAAAUAAUAUACAGCUUCAUUUUGAGGAAAAUUUCCCAGGAUUACAGAUCAACACAACAUUAAGAAAACAGUGCUUCCUUUUUGUGGAGAAUUUUCCCUGCUCAGUGCUGUCAGAUUACUACUCUGUAGAAAUGUGGUGUAUUUCUGCUGAAGCGUAACUGCACAUAAGCACUACUAAAAUUACAAAAAUGCACUUUUUGUAAGAUCAAAACUAGUACGUUAUGUACAAGUUGGACAAAGUAGUAGGACAAAAGUUAUUUACCAUCUUGAAGGGGAUCAAAGGGAGUUUUAAAAUUAUGUGGUUAUUGAAUGAAAGACAGGUUCAUAGAUUUUCAAAUUGUUUAUACAGUGUAACAGUAAACUUGAGAAAGCAUUUUGACAGUUAGGUGAAGUCAUUGCUAAUUUCCAGCUUAACUACAUUCAAGUUUACAGAGCCAAAUUCAAUUUAUUUUUCGCAAUGUUGCUGCUGCUGCUGCUGCUAACAAGAUUCAAGUAAAGUUAAAAUUAAAUUAAAGGCAUGAUGUGAUGAAGAGUUCUAUUUUGAUAAAUAAGAAUCUGAGUGGUACAGAUUCUUUGAGAAGUUACCACAAAUAUGUUCAAGGGCGUACGGGAUAUAAAAUUAAUGAUAACUCUAUUGGGUAAAUGCCAAAUUAGAUUAUUGUUUAAAAGUUUAGGUAUCUUGUACAAUUACUAGUAGUCUUGCGGCAUUGUGAAGUGAAGAAAAUUAUAGUAAUUUAUUGUAUUAUACAUUUGAACUAGUUUCAAUAUCAAAGGACUUUUCGAGAGUGAGUUACUUCCAUACCCACCAGUGCUAUCACACAUUUAUAAACAUUUCAGUUCAAUCCGUACAUGGUUUGCUGUUGUAAGUGCAGUUUAGUUAGCUUGCAUGAUCAAAAUGUUUAACAAACAAGGACAGACUAAACCUCUAUAGAUUGUCAGUGUCUGAACUUAAAAACUGUUAGGUGUAGCAGCCACAUCAUUUGUAAAAUUACCGGUAACGUAACUUCACUCUUUAAAGGAGCUAUGUCACGGUUUGUGCAACUUGAAAAGUUCAGGCUCAAUAUUUCAAGUUUGCCAUUUUAAUCUGUGUUAAUCUUCGCCAACCUUAACCAUCCUUUUUCCUUUAUGGCUUAUUAUCUCUUUUAUGAGAACAACUUUUUUCAGGUUUCCUUCAUUUUGCAGGUGAUUUUGAACAUCACCAAAACAACUCAAAAAUACCAUGACCGAGCUCCAUUAAUAAAUCAAAGCAUCAGAAACAGUUUUGAAUUUGUAUGUAGUGACUCAUGCAUUGUGUUAACCAUAAUCAUUGAUAAUUUUGUGGGUUAGUAAUAUUUUAGAUGCAAAAUUUUGACCAGCCCUCUUUAGGGCGAAGAUGUUGUUAGACAAACAGGUGUAUGAGAACAAUAUUUAUGCCUAAAUGUUCACAUUAGGCAUUAAUAUUGGUUCCUUUUGUAUCGGGAAAUGUAGAAUUCAUAUGCUGUUCCCGAAUGUACAUAUCACAUAAAAUACACAAGUGUUACAAUAAUCUCAAUCUUGUUAUUUCAAACUCUUCUUUCCAUAUAGUGUUAAUAAUAGAUCAUAUUUUGCCAUGGUUUUGUAACAUUUCACGUCAUGCACCUCUUUUUCUUUCAUAGUGUCAUAGAAAAUUUACAGUAUUUGUUUUGCUUAAGAGUUUUGUUAUGCUUACGGGAUUCAUGUGAAAGAACAUGCGCAUUGUUGAUAGCAUGGUUUAUCUUUUUUAAUUAAUAAAACAAUUAUUACUGGCAA